CCCCCCCCCCUCUCCCCCCUUCCUCUCUGCUGUACUUGCUCUUGGAGCUCAAGGCACCAUGACGGAGUCCUUUGCGCUUGAGAGUGCCCUGAAGCGCUUCGAGAGCACCUUCACUCAGGCCGAUCUGGCCUUUGAGAAUGACCUCUUCCGCGCGCCGAUGUCCCUGAAGACAUGGUUCCGGUAUAUCGAGCACAAAACCGAGACCGGGGCAUCGGACGAGGUCAUCAGCUUCCUCUACGAGCGGGCCCUCAAGGCCAUCCCGUACAGUUACAAAAUUUGGCACCGGUACUUGACCCUGUUGCGGAAGCGGGCCACCGGCCUGCCGAUUGGCCACCCGGCCUGGCGGUAUCUGGUGACCUCCUACGAGCGGAGCCUGGCAUAUCUGUCAAAGAUGCCGCGCCUGUGGAUCGAGUACUGUCUGCUGCUGGAGGAGCAGCAAUGCAUCACCGCCACCCGCCGCGGGUAUGACCGUGCCCUGCGGGCCCUGCCGCUGAGCCAGCACGAGCGUAUCUGGCCGAACUACAUCCAAUUUGUGACCAAGUGCCGUGUGCCAGACACGGCCAUGCGCGUGUUCCGUCGCUAUCUCAAGUUUGAUCCGACGAAGGCCGAGGACUUUGUGGAGUACCUGAUCGCGGAGAAGCGUUACAACGAGGCGGCCGAGCGCUUCUCCAAGCUGGUGAUCGACGACACCCACCGGUCGAAGGACGGCCUGACCAAGCAGGAGCAGUGGCUGGAGUUCCUGGAGCUCUGCUGCAAGAAUGCCAACGGAAUCACGUCCAUCUCGGUGGAGGCCUUUGUUCGGCAUGGGAUCCGCCGGUACACGGCCGAGCAUGCUGGGCGUCUGUGGACCACGCUGGCGGACUACUUCAUCCGACUUGGGCAGUUUGAGAAGGCGCGCGACAUCUUCGAAGAGGGCAUGGAUCUGGUGAGCCUGGUCCGGGACUUCAGCCACAUUUUCGACGCGUACGCCAAGUUCGAGGAGACCCUGGCCGAUGCGCUGGCGAAUGCCGAGCUCGAUGCCACCCCCGAGGGGCAGGAGUUUGAGCCGUCACAGGAGUUGCAGCUGGCCCUGGCGCGCUUUGAGCAUCUGCUUGACCGUCGGCCGAUCCUGGUGAACGAUGUGCACAUCCGCCAGGACCCGAACAAUGUGCAGCAGUGGCUGGAGCGCUGUCGCCUCCACGAGGCGGACCCGGAAAAGGUGGUCAGUGUGUUCGAGGAUGCCAUCUCCUCGGUAGAUAUCUACACCAGUGGCAAUGGGCACUAUGUGGACCUGUGGAAGGCGUAUGCUCGGUACUUUGAGCAGGGCCGGCGCUUCCCCGGCCCGGAUGACACGGUGCCAGCUGGCGCGGCCGAUCUCGACAGCGCGCGGACCAUCUUCGAGCGGGCCACCAGUGCCCCGCAGCGUAGCGCUGCCGACCUGGUGGACUUGUGGAUUGCCUUCGCCGACAUGGAGCUUCGCCACCAGAACUUCGAUCGGACUCGCGAGGUUCUCAAGCGCGCCACGCGGACCCCUUCCAAGAAGCGCGCUCACCCGCAAGCCGGCGCGUCAGAGAGCAUGCUCGAGCGUGUCGCCCGCGACCAGCGUCUCUGGAACUACUACGUGGACUUCGAGGAGUCCCUCGGGACGCUGGAGUCCUGCAAGGCCGUGUACGACCGGAUCCUGGAUCUCAAGAUCGCCACCCCGCAGACGAUCAUCAACUAUGGGACCUUCCUGGAGGAGCACAACUUUUUCGAGGACUCCUUCCGGGCCUACGAGCGCGGUGUCAGCGCCUUCCGCUUCCCGGCGGUCUUCGAGAUUUGGAAUGUCUACCUGCCGAAGUUCCUCCAGCGCUAUAAGGGCACCAAGCUGGAGCGCACGCGCGAUCUCUUUGAGCAGGCGCUGAAGGACUGCCCGCCGUCGCAAUCGCGGCCACUCUUCCUCAUGUAUGCCUCCUUCGAGGAGGAGUACGGCCUGGCCCGGCGCGCGCUCAUGGUGUACGAGCGGGCCACGCAGCAUGUGCCGGUGGCCGAGAAGCACGAGGUGUUCCUGCUGUAUGUGGCCAAGGCGGCCCAGAUGCAGGGGGUGGUGGCCACGCGGGACAUCUAUGCCCGGGCCAUUGAGGUUUUGCCGGAUGCCGCGGCGCUGGACAUGUGCGUGCGCUUCGCCGAGCUGGAAGUCCAAUUGGGCGAGGUCGCGCGCGCGCGGUCCCUCUUCGGCCAUGGGGCCCAGUUUGCCAAUCCGAAGACCAACAAGGAGUUCUGGCAGAAGUGGGACGCCUUCGAGGUCAAGCACGGUGAUGUGGAAACCUACCGGCAGCUGCUGCGCGUGAAGCGCACGAUGGCCAUCAAAUUCGGAGCAUGAGCAAUGUGCCAUGGCCACACGGCGCUGGCAGGCGCCAGGCGCGGCCCCCUGUGCUUGACUUCCCCCCUGCUUGUGAAGUGUGCGCACACCGCGCCGCAUAGAUUGAAUAUACUCUGGG